AUGAAUCCGCCCUCAGCGCUAGCCGGGGCCAUGAGUAGAGAACGCAAGCCGUUCACCUACACUCCAGGGGGACUUGACCUCUCCGAGAUCAAAUCGGAGCGCAUGGCCCAACGUCUGAUGAGGAAUGCCAUGAAUCAGGGCGUUCCUGAAACACCGCCCCAUGCGAUUCAGUCGCCUCCGCCUCUUUCGAUGCCCGUCGUCAUGCCUAAUUAUAAUUGUUUGCCCGUACAAGUGUUUCCGACAUUUCAGUUGCCAGCGAAUCCCAAAACGUUGCUACGAACAAGGAGCAAUCCUGAUCCAUAUGACAAACUGCCGGGAAAAAGUUCGGAUCUGAACACUGUCUCAAAUAAUACAUUGCCAAGAAAGCACAGUUACAAUGAGACACCUACAAAUUAUGGAAGCAGUGCAAAGACACAAUUAGUGGAAAGAAACGAUUCUGAAUUUAUACAAAAUACAUUAAAUAAACAAACAAAACCAGACGCUGUAAUACCCAAGACAUACGAAAGUAUGAGGCCAGUUUAUUUUGAUGCAAUACCUGAAAGACCAACGAUUACAGACUAUAAAAGUAUUAACGAAACAAACACUGUUCCGCUGGUGGAUAUUGAUCAAACGUAUAUUAAAAAGGAAGAAACAAAAGUUCUUAAUGAAAAAUCUACAUCAGAAGAAUCUACAGAAAAUAGAAAUGGAGAUACAAAUACGGCAAUUACUUUAAAAUUACCAACAAAAAAAUCCGAAGCUAAAACAGAGACAAAGGUAGAAGUAGUAAAAAAUACUUUGCCAGAUGGUUCAAUACAAGAGGUUAAAACGACAACAACCACGACUACUAUUGACGGUAGAACAGAGAUAACAACUGAAAAAGAAACUACAACUUAUCCUAAAUGCGAUGAUGAAGAUGUAGAAUAUGAAAUCGUAGAAGAAGAAGAGGAAGAAACGAACGAAACAGAAGUAAUUAAUCAAAAUGAAAUUAAUCAGAAUACAAAUACUAAUAAACAUGAAGCUCAAUUAAAUGGUAAAGAAGAAGAAAACGAAGAUGAAAGUAAAGAGCAUGAAGUGGUAUUAUCAAAAAAUGAUGGCCAAAUUAUAACAGAAGAAGAAAAACACGAAUCCAGUACUACGAAAAAGGUAGUAAUUAUACAGUCAGAAACUAAAUCUGAUGAAGAAAAUGAGGAAGAAUAUGAAGAAAUAGACGAGCCUGAUAAUGUUGAGAGCGAAGAAAUUGUGACGGUUAAAAAUAUAACUGAAGACACAGAAAAACAAGAAAUACAGGAUAAAAACGUCGUACACAAUUCUAAGGACGACAACGUCAAUGAUGAGGUAGUUGAAAAAGAAUCAGCCCUCUUGCAACAAAAUGCUCCAGACGAGAUUGAAGAGAAUAGCGAAGAAGUUGAAGAAGAAGAAGAGGAAGAAGAAGCCGUAGAAGAGAAAACCGAGAAAAAAGAGAUUGAAAACAUCUUGGAACCAAAAAAACAAGCAGAUGUCGACGAGGAUGAAGAAGUCGAAGAAGAAUAUGAAGAAGCAGAAGAAGCCGAAGAAAUCGAUAAACCUGAAGAAGUGGAAAAAACCGAGACAGCUAAAGAAGAACAAAAUGAAUGCAAUACUAAUGAAACAUCUACCCAAUUAGAUUUGAAUCAAACAGAGAAAAUUGAACCUGACCAGUCACCAAAUGAUAUUAAAGACAAUUGUAUAGAUAAAGUUAAAGAAAUACCUAUUAAAAUAGAAACUGAAACAGUGCAUAAUACUAACAGUAAAGAACAAGAAGAGAUAAAAAAGAACGAACAUGAGCCGGCACCUACUGUACCGUUAGACAAAGUUGAAGAAAUUGAGAUCAAGCCUAUAGGCCCGGCGAAGGAGGUAAUUACAAAAACACACACUGAGAUAAUAACUAAAACUACUGACAAGCCCGUCGGUUCAACCAGCACACAAACUGAAUAUAACAUAAUUGAAAAUAUUGUGACUGUUAAUCGUACGACAAAAACCUUAGACCAUGCUUACGAAGAAAUCCCGGACAACGUUUCAAGUAUCAAAACAUUUACUCCACCGACAUUGGAUAGAAACUUAAUAUCACCUCAACCUAUAUUUAGAUCUUACCAACCAUUCUCAACGCCUGAGGAUAACACGGAACGGCGUCACAGCUUAUUAUUAGAGAGAAUAAGCGUAGAACGACAAAUGCCUUCAGACAUUUACCAAAGCAAUUAUCAAACAUACAAUCAAACUUAUGAAGAUAAACAAUAUCCGCAAGAACCACAAUCCGAGAUACUUAUAGUGAAUAAUGUUAAACCGAGCACAGUAAGUAAAAACCAGCAAUGGUAUCAGAGGAGUGAGACUGAUAAUGUAACUUCCUCGAGUUCUGUACCUUCGGAUUCAUACAGUAGUCAACAAAACUUUCAAACACAAUUCAAACCGCAAACUCAGCAGCCAUUAUUCAACCAACCCAAACCUCAAACACAAUCAGCAUAUGAAACAUUGUAUCAACCUCAACCAAGAAUACAGCCAUCACCGCAACCAACAUAUCAACCACCUCCACAACAGUCACACCAACCAGUGUAUCAACCAAAACCUCAAACUCAACCAACUUACCAACCUCAACCCCAAAUGCAUCCCCCGACACAACCGACUUACCAAACACCAGUGCAGGAAACUGCGCCUUUAUACCAUCCACAACCACAAUACCAACAAAAUUACGUAGAUAACACGAUGCAAGAGACUUAUAAAUCGAGUAAAAACCAGUAUGAACAAACCUCGUAUCCUUCUUACAAUUCGAAACCUGUAUGGAAUAGUAGCCUCGAUUCUCAGCCAUUAACCACUUCACAGCCAAACCAAUACUCUCACCAAAAAGACUAUUCAGAAUCGUAUCAAAAGUCAUCUCAACAUUCAUCAUACGUGCCUCCUCCAUGGGAACAAGACCCCAACUACGUUGUGGACAAUUCGACUCAAAACUACUACCAACCGCCACCGUUAAAUACAGCGUUUCCAUCUAAUGAAUGGAAACCCACCAAACCGGCACCUAAAUUUCCCAAACCAGCCCCCAAAGCCUAUAUACCACCCGCACCAAAUCAGUCCUUCGUAAAGCCUGUAAUUAUCGAACCACCUAAACAGAAAGGGCGGAAGACUUACUACAGCGAAUAUGAGAGACGCUAUAUAUCAGUGCCAGAAGCCACGUACAUACCAAACGAAACGAAGUUCCAAGCUCAACCCGAUCCCUCUCCUCAAUACUACUACGACAAUAACGAAACGACAGAAGUAGUUGAGCCGCAGUGGCGAAAAGAGUUAAGAGAAUUCAAGGAACAAACGUCUAAAACCACUAUUCACACAGAACACACGUCGGUACGUCCGCCCUGGGAAGAUGAUCCAAAAUACGCAGCGCCAAAAGAUUUCACACCCACCCCGACCUGGACUCAGACCCUGAACCCGAGGUCGUGGCGUGAGAGAAGCUAUGAACCAGAGUACAUUGGGUCUCAGGAAUGGCCGAAAACAAACACUUUAGGCCGAGGAAGACCACAAAGCUCUUAUGUUAAGAGUAAUUUCGACAGAGCCCCCGACCGGACUAGAGGGGUUUCUGUAGACAGAUAUAACCCUAAUAAUUACCAAUCGCCAUUGACAAGGGAGCAUCCGCCACCAGCGAGUCACAUUUUGGACCCGAUCGUUCAGGGGCAAACCUACCACAAUCCUAACGUGCCCGCCUACCAUUCUAGAGCCUCAGUUGAACCUAGAGAGCAGCCCGUCACGUACCAGCAACCUCGUCACCGGGAAUCCAGAGCUCCCCCAGUCCAAUCCAGGUCAUUCAAAUACCUUCAAUGGAUCACAGGCACUGAUGAUUAA